AUGACACAGUCACACAACGACUUCUACGCUCCCGGCUCUGAUAUGCUUCUGCUCUCGAGUGACGAUGUCAAAUUCUGCGUCCACCGUUGUAUGCUAGCGGCCGCUUCUCCAUUCUUUGAACAUAUGUUUGCAUUGCCGCAGCCCCCUGACGAUCCAAAAAACGAGGAACGUCGUCCUAUGAUCCCCGUGUCGGAGCCUGGCUCGACCGUGCACACGCUUCUGUGUUUCAUUUAUCCCAUACCUCAUCCCACCAUUUCAUCACUUGACGAACUCAGCAUUAUUCUCGGAGUCGCAGUCAAAUACGAUUUUCUUGGCGUCAUCUCUUCUCUUCGCAAGCAGCUUAUCUCCCCCGCAUAUUUGAGAGACGAUCCAGUGCGAGUGUUUGCAAUCGCAAGUCGCUACGACUUUGAGGAUGAAGCUCAGGUUGCGUCGCAACACACGCUUUCUAUCAACAUCCUUGACUGUCCAUUGUCGGAUGACUUCCGCUUCAUCACAGCCCACUCUUACCAUCGCCUCCUCGUCUUGCACAAGAAACGGUCGAAGGAUGCCCAAGCGCUUCUCAAGAUUCCAGAAGACGUGAAAUGCUUGCAGUGCUCAGGGCCGUAUUAUGGGGCGUUUGUACCACCAAAGUGGUGGAAGGAGUUUGAAAGAAUGGCAAGAGCGGAACUGGAAACACGGCCAACUACAGACGUUAUCUUCAAUAUGCCAUUCUUUGCACGGGCCGCCGAGGCAUCAGGAUGCGCGCGAUGUGCGAGUAGCAUUCUGGACUCGCAUCAAUUCUUGUCAGAUCUCAAGCGACAGAUCGACGAGCUUCCUGCUACUAUAUGA